AUGGUAUGGAACCGUAUCAAGUUUCCUAAUAUGGCAGUGGCGUUUAUGGGCAAGAAUGCACGUACACGACUACGUGAGAAUCAAUACGUCUUUCGUGUGGAACCACACUAUACAAAGCAUGAGAUUAAGGAGUACUUGACUAAAGUAUACGAUCUACCAGUGGUCAAAGUAAACACGAUGAAUUACGAAGGCAAGUUUAAGCGUGCAUUUCGUGGUCGUUAUGUGUACAAGGAAAAGGACUGGAAGAAAGCCAUUGUGACCCUAAAGGCGUAG